UUUGUGUCCCCGCCCUCCCCUGGGGACCGCAGCGGGCUGAGCUGAGCUGCUGGUGUCAGAGCCCGGUGAGCGCUGGCAGUUCCGCGGCGGGGAUGCUAAGGAGCGCUGGGUCCGCGAGCAGCGCUGGCCACUGCGGACUUCCGAAGCGCUCCGGGCCGUGAAAACCCCUGCGCCGCGGCCAACCCCAGGCCUCCGAGGCCAUUCACUGAUCGAGAAGCCAGAGUGGGAGAGGAGUCCAGCGCAGCGGCGGCCGUUCUCCGGAUCCGGGGCGUUCUGGAACCCCGAGAGACACCCCGGAAUUCUCGAACCUCCCCAGCGCCCCCCAGCCUCGGCUUCCUGCGUGCGCCGGUCCGAGACCCCCUCCGGUGCACGAGUCGACAGCGAGCCGCGGCUGGAUCCUGGCGCACACCAUGAUCGUUGCGGACUCCGAGUGCCGCGCCGAGCUCAAGGGCUACCUGCCGUUCGCCCGGGGCGGCGUCGGCGGCUCGGGGACCGGAGAGGAGCACAGGGAGAGCCGGGCUCGGAGAGGCCCCCGAGGGCCCAGCGCCUUCAUCCCUGUGCAAGAGGUCCUUCGGGAAGGGGCUGAGAGCCUCGAGCACCACCUGGGGUUGGAGGCGCUGAUGUCCUCAGGGCGGGUAGACAACCUCGCAGUGGUGAUGGGCCUGCACCCUGACUACCUUAGCAGCUUUUGGCGCCUUCACUACCUGCUGCUGCACACGGAUGGGCCCCUGGCCAGCUCCUGGCGCCACUACAUUGCCAUCAUGGCAGCUGCCCGCCACCAGUGUUCUUACCUGGUGGGCUCCCACAUGGCUGAGUUUCUGCAGACUGGUGGUGACCCCGAGUGGCUUCUGGGCCUCCACCGGGCCCCUGAGAAGCUGCGCAAACUCAGUGAAAUCAACAAGUUGCUUGCGCAUCGGCCAUGGCUCAUCACCAAGGAACACAUCCAGGCCUUGUUGAAGACAGGCGAGCACAGCUGGUCCCUGGCAGAACUCAUCCAAGCCCUGGUCCUGCUCACCCACUGCCACUCACUGGCCUCCUUCGUGUUUGGCUGUGGCAUCCUUCCUGAAGGGGACCCAGAGGGCAGCCCUGCCCCUCAAGCACCAUCACCCCCUAGUGAGCAAGGCAGCCCUCCCAGUGGGGACCCAUUGAGCAGCUCUGGGGGCUUUGAGGCUGCCCGUGAUGUGGAGGCUCUGAUGGAACGCAUGAGGCAGCUGCAGGAAAGCCUGUUGCGGGAUGAGGGAGCGUCCCAGGAGGAGAUGGAAAGCCGUUUUGAGCUGGAGAAGUCAGAGAGUCUACUUGUGACCCCGUCAGCUGAUAUCCUGGAGCCCUCACCACACCCAGACAUGCUGUGCUUUGUGGAAGACCCCACUUUCGGAUAUGAGGACUUCACCCGCCGAGGGACUCAGGCACCCCCCACCUUCCGCGCCCAGGAUUAUACCUGGGAAGAACAUGGCUACUCGCUGAUCCAGCGGCUCUACCCUGAAGGGGGACAGCUGCUCGAUGAGAAGUUCCAGGCGGCCUACAGCCUCACCUACAAUACCAUGGCCAUGCACAGUGGCGUGGACACGUCUGUGCUCCGCAGAGCCAUCUGGAAUUAUAUCCACUGCGUUUUUGGCAUCAGAUAUGAUGACUACAAUUAUGGGGAGGUGAACCAGCUCCUGGAGCGGAACCUCAAGGUCUAUAUCAAGACAGUGGCCUGCUACCCGGAGAAGACCACCCGAAGAAUGUACAACCUCUUCUGGAGGCAUUUCCGCCACUCAGAGAAGGUCCACGUGAACUUGCUGCUCCUGGAGGCCCGCAUGCAAGCCGCCCUGCUCUAUGCCCUUCGCGCCAUCACUCGCUACAUGACCUGACUCCCUCCUGCACAGGAUCCACACCCAGAGCAGCUGGCCCUGAGGGGACCAUCCUCCUCGCAGGGACUUCUCACCUGGAGACAGACCCAGGACCCUUCCUCUCUCAUGCCCGUCUGCCCCAUACUGGGGAUGGGCAUAUGUGUGAUGUGCAGCCCCCCGGCCACACUCUCCUUUUAAAUCUCACUGGAAUGGACAGGUUCAUUGCACUGACUGUGGGAUCUCAGCUCUGCCCCUGGGAGCUGGAAGAAGACUAGGAUAUCCUGAGGGGCUGUGUCCUUCCUCCUUCCCCUGUCCCCAGAAGCAGAGGACAUAGGAAGGGAAAUGGGCUGAACCCAGGCUUACAUGCCAGCAGGCUGAGCCCCUCAUACCCCAAGUGCUAUGGCCCCUGUGGGAGAAGGGCCUAACACUCCAGGCAGCUUUGCCUUUCCUCUCCCCUCAUUCUCACAUUUCAUUACCUCCUACCUGCCAUUCACCCAUCAAUGUGAAAGUCAGGGCCACAGCUGGUCUGUGUGCCCAGUUCUCCCAAAGCCUGUUCUAUUGGGCCACCUAAAGGACCUCUGUUCCUGGGUUGCCCGAUUCUUUCCUCAGUUCUUUUAUUUCCUUUGCCCUCAUACCCCUUUCUCUCAUGCCCAGUGGUGUAAGGCCCCAGGAGAGGGGCCAAGUAUAUCCAGAGAGCAGACUAUCUCUAGAGAGUUGGAGUGUCCAUCAGUCUUCUAAUGAGGAAGGAGUAUUCGGGGAUAAAUUCUCUGUAUUUGGGUCAUUUAUAGGUGAGGUCAAACCUUCAGGGCCUCAUCCUUGGAGCCAAAGUUGAUGCCUGGAAGGAGGAGAGGGAGAUUCUGUUCAAUGCUUGCCAAAAAGUUGAGCCUUUCUAGGUGUCUGAUAUAGCGCCAAGGCCCACCCAGAAAGAUACCAGGGUUCUUGUUGAGGCCCUGCCACUGGUUGGGUAGCCAUGGCAGAUUGCCACACCUCUUUGACGGCCACAGUUGCAGACUGAGGGGUUCAGUUAAGUUUCCCAAGGUCCAGUGCUUUGCUCUGGGAUCUCAGGCCAAACUGCCAACAGUAAACUGGUUUUCUUACAAGAUCUUGCAGGCCCCUGGGGACCCUCACUUCUAGGCAGCCUCUCAUGGCUGCCUUCCAAAUACACCCCUUCUUAUACCACAACCCCAUCCCAGGCCCGGCUGUCUCCUUUCCUGUAUUUUAGAUGGAUUGCUUGGAGGCAGAAGCAGCCAAGGACUGACCCCAGGCACUUUCUGUAGCAAACAACUGUGAAUUCUGACUUCUUGCCCUUCUGGCAGUAGGUACCUCCUCUUGGGCCAGUUCAGAGGUACCUGAGAAAGGCAAGGACACAAUGCUGCUGCUUCUGACUUUCCUCCCUGGGGUGGGGCAAGAGAGGAGCCCGGCCAGUGUACCACAUUUCAUACCCGUGCAGGCACGGGGAAGCAGUUAGUACCCCCUCAUGUCCGAAAGCCCUCCCUGCACAGAUGGUGGGCUUGAGGGAAAGGGGCCCCGGCAUGGGGGUCUGAGUUCUGGAGUACUCUGUAAAUGUCCCCUGGGUAGGUGGGAAGGGGAUCUAGUGUUAAAACACAGAAAUCUUCGGCCUUGCUACCAGAUGGUGAGAAAUAAAAGCUCACCGAGGUUUUGUUUUGUAACCUUGUAAUGGACUGUCUUUCCCUUUCCUGAAGGUCAGGGUUCGCCUCGUAGCACGAGCUAGAAGCUGUGAUUGCCUCCUGGGCAUGACCUGAUAGCCCCUGUCCUGCCGGGUACUUGUGCCCAGUGAUUCAAAGGUUGGGAAUUUUUGGCAUUGAAAGACUACUUCUGUCCCUUGAGUGUUCGAUUCUACCACCCAUCAGUGCCUAGUCUGGCACUGUGGAACACUAAUAGCCUUGUUUUUCUCACUAAGCCUGGCCCUGAGGUGGGUGCCCUGAGACCUUUCUCUGAAGCUGCAGCAAUCCUGCAAAAGAAUUGAGACCGAGGUGAGAUGACUGCUGAGGCCACAUAGCUGGUUACUGCUAUAGCCAGAAUCCCAGUGCAGUCUGCUUGACUGAGGCCUUGGCCCUCUGCCUUAGUGUAUAUUCCACUACUGAACUUCUCUUACGACAGAGGGAGGCUGUCCCUGUGGCCCUGUGUCCCACCCCACCACAUCGUGACUGUCUACUGCUCAUUCCUUCCUGACCAGCACCAACAAGACAGGACCAGGCAUAAGGAGUUACGUGCACCCCAGAGUUGCGCCUGUGUCAUUUAUAGCUGUGUGACCUUGGUCAAACUUUCUGGGCACCAGGAACUAGUGAGCUCAUCAGGAAAACCACAUGGUGACUAAGAGCUAAGACCUCUCCGGCUUCCUUCCCAUUUGCUCUGCCAUCAUAAACUAAAAAGUGGGUCACCUACCAGAAACCUCCCAUGAUUGACUCCAUGUUUCCUUUCCCCUUGAGGUACCACUCCUUUUUCUGUGGUGGUACUGAGGUUUGAACUCAAGGUCUCACACUUGCUAGGCAAGUGCUCUACCACUUGAGCCCUCCACCAGCCCAGUACUGCUCCAUUUUUUGUGGUAGUCUUGUACACUUGCUUUUCUGUCUAGUUAUUUUGAGAAGGUGUGAGAGAAAGUUGAGAUCUGGACCACGAAACUUGGAUUCUGGCCCAGACUUAGCCAAUCAUUAUCCUUGGGGGCACUGGUUAAUUUCACUGUGCCUCAAGUUUCCUCAGUCAUAAUAUAAAUAUAAAUGCCGGUAGCAUGUACAGAAAGACUAUUGGUAUUGUCAAUAGAGUCUUCAAAUACUCUCUUGGUUUUUGGCAUGCUAGGCAAGUGUUCUACCACAAGUGAGAAUCUAGGGCCAACUUAGAGUUAGAUCCAGGAUCAAAUUCCAGCUUCAACAUUGAAUGUCUAACCUGUGCAAGUUACUUGGAUUUUCUUACCCUCAAUUUCCUUAUCAGUGGAAUGGAAUUAAUACCUAGGGUGAUAGGAGGCCUUCGAGGAUGCAUGAAAACCACCUUGCUCAAUUCAGAGACUUGGCACCUGGCAGUAGUAAGCUAUUCAGUAUUCAGAAAUGUGCCCAAGUGCAUCUUAGGUAGAACAGUCUUAUUCUAGAGU